AUGACCUGCAAGCUGAAAAUGACCUUCAUCCUGCUUAAGAGCAAUGCCCAGACCUGUCCUCCAGCUUCUUUCCUCCAGGUAGAAACGUGUGUCCUAGAACCCUCCCCUCCUCACACUUCAGUUUGCAGGUGUACCUUCUACUCAGGGACUAAAGGUCUUCCUGGCUCUUCUUCUGCAGUAAGAAGUGGUCUGUCUUCUGCCGUAAACCACUGUCUCAAUCUGUCUGGAACAUGCAGAAGAAACAACUGCAAACCAACCGAGGAUAUACUUGGCAGCUGCAAAAGAAGGUGGAAAUGCUGUCGCCAAUGGUGGAUCAUGCUGCCAAUUCCAACGCCUGUUGUCUACUCGGAAUAUCAAGAUCCCCUUAAGAAUAAAAUAAAAUAAAACUAGGAAAAGCAUCAGAAGGAAAGUUCUUUGCAUUUAAAAACAUUACAAUAUAUUUUAAAC